GCUCAACCCUUCAAUCCACGUUAGUAGUAGUUCAAUGUCGACAUAAGUCUAAACACUCGACCAAAAAAUGUCUCGAUAAAUAUUUCUUCCAGCUCCUUCCCAACCUACAACUAACUUGGUUGGUUCAUGUUAGGGUUUGGGAAGAGUUUUUCGACAUUUGAAUGAGAUGACAGCUUUGGAUUUUGAAGAUGGAUUAAUUGGAAGUGAAGCAACCGGCGGCUUCAUCGAGAAAUAUGAAGCUAAAGAAGUCCUGGGAUCUGGAGCUUCAAGUGUUGUUCGGAAGUGUACAGAUAAAGUUACAGGGAAGGAAUAUGCAGUGAAAAUUAUUGACAAGCUCAGCGAUCUAGGAGGUGUCGACAUUAUUGGCACUACAAAAGAUGAAAUUGACAUCUUACUCAAAUUACAUGGACAUGAAAAUAUUAUUGGACUUGUGGAUGUUUAUGAGUCAUCAGCAUACUUUUUCUUAGUAUUUGAGUUUGCUAAAUCAGGAGAACUCUUUGACUUUCUAACAAAUGAGGUCACAUUAUCAGAGAAAAAAGCCAGGAAGAUCAUGAGAGAAAUAUUAGAGGCUGUUGUAUAUAUGCAUGAUCUGGAGAUUGUCCACAGAGAUCUUAAGCCAGAGAAUAUCUUACUUGACAAUGAUUUAAGAAUAAAGAUAUCAGACUUUGGAUUUGCUGUCAUGCUUAAGGAAAAUGAAAUGUUAAAAGAGUUAUGUGGUACUCCUGGCUAUUUAGCACCUGAGGUACUCCAGUGUUCCAUGUUUCCAGAUGCUCCAGGAUAUGGCAAGGAAGUCGAUGUGUGGGCUUGUGGAGUUAUUCUGUAUACUUUGCUGUGUGGUUUUCCACCAUUCUGGCAUCGUCGUCAAGUAGUGAUGCUUCGAAACAUAAUGGAGGGCAAAUAUCAGUUCAGUAGCCCUGAAUGGGAUGAUAUAUCCUCUAAUGCAAAAGACUUAAUAUCCAAGAUGUUGGUAGUUCAUCCUAAAAAGAGAAUAAUUUGCAAAAAAGCCCUAGAACACGCCUGGUUCCAAGAAGCGAAGGCACAGAGAAAUGAAAGGUUCUGUGCAAGAUGGAAAUUCAAAGGUGCAGUGAUAGCAAUUUGUGCAGCUCGUGAGUUUCACCACCUAAUGAUAUCCAAAUUAUUACCGGUGUCAUUCGACGUGGUCUGCAACGAGCCUUACGGCAGCAAACCUAUUCGCAAAAUCAUCGAUGGAUGCGCAUUUCAAGUAUAUGGACAUUGGGUCAAGAGAAAUAAGGACGCCCAUCAAAACCGUGCCGCCUUAUUUGAAAAUAAACCGCAUAAAGAAAAAUAUAACUCAGAUGGGAAGCCUAGGAAUGGAAAGAAAAUCCUACCAUUUGAUGCAUCUUUUAGAGUACUUUCCUUCAGAUCCAGGAAAGCUAUCCCAACUAAAUCUAAUUAGUCUUGUGUGGAACGCCGUGCCUGAGAGGAACAAGAGCUGUUUGCCCAUUGACUUGGGACGUACAGGUAGAGAAUAUAAUAAUAAGCUAACUUAUUUUGCGUUUGUUUAAAGUAUAAUGUCAUAAGUUGUCAUAAUCCGAUUUUUUGUUGUUCCACAACGGGGAAAAUGCAAGAGAUGCCUCUAAAAUCAAUAAGAGAUUAAUACAAGAUUUUUAUUAUUUGAAAAACGUUUUAAAAGAAUUAAGUAAAAAACGAGUGCGCAGUUAUGGAUAAAUAUCGCCAAACUACCCAAUAGCCUUUCCUAGUACUAUAUAGUACUUGCUCGUGCUACUGCAGUGUUCAAUCUCCGUCUAACAACCCAAAAAACAACAGCUACAACGAAAUACAACAACAAUCUAAUAAGUAAUAAUAAUAAUAAUAAUAAUGAUAAUAACGGGCAGGGGAGGGGACGGGAGAUGUGUGAUGUUUUCAAAUCAAAUGCUCUUUUCGGGAGGGGUAGGUUAGUGUAGUUUGGUGUUAAACGUUUUUUCAUGCAGGUUUACAUUGCCCGUUUACAUUGCCCGUUUCCCACAUUCACUGGAAGUCUGGUAACGAACUGGCGAAGCGUGGGAUUGUGGGACUUUUUGGCUCAACUACAAUGUAACCUUAAGAUUCUAAUUUCAAUCCCACAAUUCCAUUCGGGUUGAUUCGUUUCCAGUCUUCCUCUUAGCAGAAAAGAGCAGUUGAAAUGGUUUGAAAUUUAUKACACAUAAAUGACAUAUAUUUUGUUGAGUUAAUUUUAUCUUUUAUACGAAUACAGUAGUGUCUAUAAUAUGAUCCCAAAGAUACAUCAAGUGUUAUUUAUAAGAUUCCAAUUAUUAUUCCAUGGUUUUUAUUUUAAUAUAAUAUUGUUUUGUAUAUCACGGUCGUAU